AUGAAAGAAGACGAAAUUAAUGAAUUAAUUAGAAGAGCUCUGACUACAAUAGAUGCCCCAGCUUUAAUUAGCCAAAUUGCUCAAGAAUUCUCAAAUGCAGGCUAUUCCCCCUGUCGAUCUCUCAUUCAGAAUCUUAAAAAAUUAAUAAAAUCCCACCAAUAUUCUCCUACAAUAAAACUCCAGGCUUUAAAAAUUAUUAAAGCUUGUGCUGAUACCGGGAAUUCUUAUUUUCUGACCUAUCUAGCCAAAAAAUUAGCUUCACGAUUUCGAUCUCUAUGCUCUUACCAGUCAGACUCAAGCGAUCCUCAGAGAGGAAAAACACUAUUCCAGUCUGACUCAAAAUCUGAACAAAACGCAUCAGCAGGUUUUUUAAAUCUUCUCCUACAAUGUAUAGAAGAAUGAGCUGGGAGAUUUGGUGCUGACGAAAUGGGCAGAGAAACAAUUUUUUUCAAAAUUUACAUGGAUUUAAAAAAUAAAGGUGUCACUUUUCCACAAAUAGAACCAAAUGAUGAAGAAAAUUCAAUAAAAAUGCUUUUAAAAAGCAUAAAAAAACUGAUUGAAAAUAAUGGAGAUAUUAGUGAGGUGAAGGAAAAAUUGAGGACUGUGAAAGAGUUCAAAAGAAAUAUUGAAAAAAGAAUUGCGGAGUCUAUGGAGGAGUCUAAUGAAGAGGAUAUUUAUGAACUGAUUGUGCUAAAUGAUGAAAUUAAUGAUGUGUGCAAAAUAUAUAAAAGGUGAAAAAGUAGAUUAAAUCCGCCGAAAGGAAAAACAAAAAAUUUUGAAUAUGAGCCGAUACAGGUGAAAGGGGUGAGGUUUAAUCAAAAAAUUGAGGAAUAUGAGCCGAAGCCUGCUCCUUUGCCUGAUGCAAUUGAGGAUCCGAUUAUGGUUGAGCUAGCUAAUGAUAAAUCUCAGCGGCAAACUUCUUUUCAUAUGAAGGAUUUAAAACUAAAUGACCCUGAUGAGAUGAGUGAGCUUAAAGAAGAAUAUCUUAAGUCAAAAGAUAUAGCUCAGGAGCGCUUUUAGAUUGCCUGGGUAUGGAGACUUAACAGAAAUAGUGUUGGCUGGAGAUUUUAGAUGCUAGUCAAGGAAAAUUAUUUAAUGAUAAAUAGAAGAGCUUGGAAAUUUAUUAAACACGCGCUGUUAAGAAGAAAAUUUGACUUAUUAUUAUGGUGAUAACUGUAAUGCAUUAUAUAUAAAGGAAUUGCAGCUACUUCUCUUUGAUUGGCUGACAAACUAAUUCAAAUAAUCAAUAUAUUCUACGUCAUGGGCACGCUUUUAGCGUGCCCAAUGUAUAAGCUGCUCGAAUAUGAGGAUUUAAUUCACAUGUAUAAAGCUGACUUAGCCCGUCUGCAAAUAAAAUACCUUGAAGCAGUUGAAGAGCGAGAAGAAAUAAAAUGCCGAGCGGAAUCCUUAGGCUCAGCCAAUACAAAAUCUGAAACCACUAUACAAGAUGUCCAAGAAAAGUGCAAAAAGCUCGAAAACGAAAAAGCCUCACUACUCGAAGAAAUUGAAGCUUUUAAAAGCCAAAAUAAUUGUUUAAAAAUCACAAUAAAAGAAGCCCAAGAAAAAUUGUUAAAAGCAGAAGAGCAGAUAAAUAAGCACGAAAGAUACAUUGAAAGCAUAGAAGUCAUGAAUGAAAACCUUACGCUAAAAAACGAAGAAUUAAUGCAAAAAAUUAAAAAUGCAUCCACACAAAAAGGCUCUGAGAAACAAGAGCUUAAUAAUGAAAUCCCAGGACCUAUACCACAGCUAGAAAUUCAUCCACAAGAAGAGCAAAAAGAAGAAGUUUCUACUGUAAAAUCCGACCCGUGGGGGAUAGACGGGAUACAAUGAUUAACCCAAAAGUGAAAACUAUAA